UACACAUCAAAUAUGAUCAGCUGGUUUCAGGAAACCAACUAACUAAACUUCAUCUUCUGCCUGAAAUCAAGGAGCCAUGUUUCUAAACGGCCUUAGCGACAGUAACUAAGGGGCGGGGCGAGACGCCGUGACAUCGCGAGAACACUCCGCGGGAUCCCGCAGCGCUCCUGUAUCUGAGCCUGAAGAGCUCCGAGACCAGAAUCCAGACUCAGUCCAGGACAACACGGUCCACCAGUCACAGCGGAGACCUGCAGGACGAUGGAGAACCAGAACCCGGACCGCAGGAGCCAAACAGCAGCCUCGUGCUCUGAUAGCGCCGAUGUUCAGAGAAAGAGAGGAAGAGAUGGACCCAAACAUCACCGCUGUCAACACUGUGACAAAUCCUUCACAACAUCUGGAUAUUUGAAGAAUCAUCAGAGAGUUCACACUGGAGAGAAACCGUACAGCUGUGACCAGUGUGGGAAAACUUUCAGUAGAUCAGAUAAACUAAAAAUCCACCAACGUGUUCAUCAGAUAUUUCACACUGGAGUGAAACCUCACAGGUGUGAACAGUGUGGAACAACUUUCAGUAGAUCAGAUUCCCUAAAAUUCCACCAACGUGUUCACACUGGAGAGAAACCGUACAGGUGUGAACAGUGUGGAAAAACCUUUGCUAAAUCAGGUAAUCUAAAAAUUCACCAACGUGUUCACACUGGAGAGAAACCGUACAGGUGUGAACAGUGUGGGAAAUCUUUCGCUAAAUCGGGUACUCUAGAAAUUCACCAACGUGUUCACAGGGGAGAUAAACCUUACUGGUGUGAACAGUGUGGAAAAACUUUCACUAAAUCAGAUUCCCUAAAAAUCCACGAACGUGUUCACACUGGAGAGAAACCUCACGGGUGUGAACUGUGUGGGAAAACUUUUGCUAAAUCAUCUAAUCUAAAAAUUCACAAACGUGUUCACACUGGGGAAAAACCUCACAGGUGUGAACAGUGUGGGAAAUCUUUCGCUAAAUCAGAUUCCCUAAAAAUCCACGAACGUGUUCACAGGGGAGAUGAACCUUACUGGUGUGAACAGUGUGGAAAAACUUUCACUAAAUCAGAUUCCCUAAAAAUCCACGAACGUGUUCACACUGGAGAAAAAACUCACGGGUGUGAACUGUGUGGGAAAACUUUUGCUAAAUCAUGUAAUCUAAAAAUUCACAAACGUGUUCACACUGGAGAGAAACCGUACUGGUGUGAAGAGUGUGGGAAAACUUUCAGUAGAUCAGGUACUCUAAAAAUUCACCAACGUGUUCACACUGGAGAGAAACCGUACUGGUGUGAAGAGUGUGGAAAAUCUUUCACUACAUCAAGUGACCUAAAAAUCCACCAACGUGUUCACACUGGAGAGAAACCGUACUGGUGUGAACAGUGUGGAAAAACUUUCACUACAUCAGGUGAGCUAAAAAUCCACAAACGUGUUCACACUGGAGAGAAACCGUACUGGUGUGAACAGUGUGGGAAAUUUUUCACUCGGUCAGGUGACCUAAAAAAACACCAACGUGUUCACACUGGAGAGAAACCAUACAGGUGUGAACAGUGUGGAAAAACCUUCACUGCAUCAGAUUCACUAAAAAUCCACCAACGUGUUCACACUGGAGAGAAACCGUACUGGUGUGACCAAUGUGGCAAAUCCUUCACAACAUCUGGAUAUUUGAAGAUUCAUCAGAGAGUUCACACUGGAGAGAAACCAUACUGGUGUGACCAAUGUGGGAAAACUUGUAUUACAUCAAGUGCCCUAAAAAUCCACCAACGUGUUCACACUGGAGAGAAACCGUACUGGUGUGAACAGUGUGGAAAAGCUUUCACUAAUUCAGUUCACCUAGAAAUCCACCAACGGGUUCACACUGGAGAGAAACCUCACUGCUGUGACCAGUGUGGAAAAACAUUCACUCAGUCAGCUCACCUAAAAAUCCACCUACGUGUUCACACUGGAGAGAAACCUCAUUGGUGUGAACAGUGUGGAAAAACUUUUGCGCAUUCAGCUCUCCUAAAAUCCCACAAACGUGUUCACACUGGAGAGAAACCGUACGGGUGUGAACAGUGUGGGAAAACCUUCACUCGAUCAGAUAACCUAAAGCAGCACCAACGUGUUCACACUGGAGAGAAACCUCACUGGUGUGAACAGUGUGGAAAAACUUUUGCUCAUUCAGCCCAACUAAAAAUGCACAAACGUGUUCACACUGGAGAGAAACCGUACAGGUGUGAGCAGUGUGGGAAAACUUUCACUCGACCAGGUCAACUAAAAAUUCACCAACAUGUUCACACUGGAAAGAAACCGUAUGGGUGUGAACAGUGUGGGAAAUCUUAUACCAGCAGAAGAAACCUUAGAGAACACAAAUGCACUCACAAAACAUGAGUGUGACAGUCUUUCCAGAGCCGAGCUAGCUGUUUCUCCUGCCCUGAAUACACCCACCUGUUAUCAUGUGACUGUGCUGGAUUAACGCCAUGUGUUGACAGCUGAGAAAGAUUAUUUGGAAAGAGCUGGAAAGCGUCAGUCCGGAGGUUGUAUCAGCCAAUAGCAAGUGCUUUUCAAGUGGCCUUUUAUUGUGGCCAGUAUAAGGCACACCUGUGCAAUCCCCAUGCUGUCUGAUCAGCAUCUUGAUAUGCGACACCUGUGAGGUGGAUGGAUUAUCUGGGCAAAGGAAAAGUGCUCACUAACACAGAUUUGUGAACAAUAUUUCAGAGAAAUAGGCCUGUGUUUUUGCCUCCGUUCAUCAUAAGCUGAACUCAGUGUUGCAUUUAUAAUAUUGUUCAGUGUAAAUAUAUUGUCGCCGACCCAGUCCUGUUCUGCCUCCUUCCUGAGAAAAUGUUGAAUAAUCCACCUGAUUGUGACAAUGACAACAUUAAUGAUUUCGACCAAACUGCUUAAAUUAAAUAUGUUUUGAUCCCC